GGAAAUAACGAAAGGUCACAGGCCAGUGCCUCACAGAGCCUCACACUUAACUUUGAAUUACUAGAUACAAAAUAUAUUUUAUAUAUAUUUUCUUUUGGCUGUUACUAAGUGAGGCAGGUUUUUCGGAGCAGUGUAUUUCUUGGAUCUAUUGAAUUUACAAUCAUGGGAAAUGCAGCAGGAAGCAUGGAGGUACCUCAGGGUAAAGAGGGCAAGACGGUGUCGGCCCCUCCAGGCUCCACAGGCUCCCAGAAUCAAACCGCAAAACUCCCGAUGCCACCUGAAGAAGAAGUGGAGCAACGCUUCGGUGCAGUGCUGAACACGAUGAAUCUUCCUCCAGACAAGGUGAAGAUCCUCAGUCAGUACGACAACGAGAAGAAGUGGGACCUGAUCUGUGACCAGGAGCGGUUUCAAGUGAAGAACCCACCAUCUGCUUAUUUGGAGAAGCUGAAGAGUUAUCUGGAUCAUGGAGGAGUCAGUAGGAAGUUUAAGAGACGUGUCCAGGAAUCUACUCAGAUCCUGAGAGAGUUGGAGAUUUCCCUAAGGACCAAUUACAUAGGCUGGGCUCAGGAGUUCUUAAACGAGGAGAACCAAGGCUUGGAUGUUCUUGUGGAUUAUCUGUCCUUUGCCCACAGAGCUGUCAUCUAUGAUGUGGACCCUUUGGACAAUGGCAUGCUGCCCACAGACAAAAGCAAAACUGUGGACAGGUCAGUGGAAGAUCUGAGCAGAAGUGCCAGCAACUCACCUACUCACAGCGCCUCGAAGGCCAGCAAGGCCUUCACAGUCAGGAAAACCCUGAGAAGCUCUCGUGUCGUGAGCCAGACAGAUGACGUUCAUCUCUGCAUCAUGUGUUUACGUGCCAUCAUGAACUAUCAGUCUGGGUUCAACCUGGUGAUGAAGCAUCCCUGCUGUGUCAACGAGAUCACGCUCAGCCUCAACAACAGAAACCCAAGGACCAAAGCCCUGGUGCUGGAGCUGCUGGCGGCCGUGUGUUUGGUGAGAGGAGGGCAUGACAUCAUCCUCUCCGCCUUCGACAACUUCAAAGAGGUGUGUGGAGAGAGAGGUCGGUUUGAGAAGCUCAUGGAGUAUUUCCACCAUGAGGACAGCAACAUCGACUUCAUGGUGGCUUGUAUGCAGUUUAUCAACAUUGUGGUCCACUCGGUAGAAAACAUGAACUUCAGGGUCCACCUCCAGUAUGAGUUCACUAGUCACGGGCUGGAUGACUACCUUGAGAAGUUGAAGUUCACAGAGAGUGACAGACUGCUGGUGCAGAUUCAGGCCUAUCUGGACAAUGUGUUUGAUGUGGGAGCGCUGCUUGAGGAUGCAGAGACCAAGAACGCUCUGCUGGAACACAUGGAGGAGCUGCAGGAGCACAACAUGCAGUUAAGCUGCAGGCUGCAGGAGAGUGAGAGGGAGGCUGUGGAGAAAGUGUCAGAAAUGGAGAAGAAGCUCAUUCAGAGCACAAAAGAAGUGGAGCUCCUAAAGGAGAGUCUACGUGAGUCCUGCUCCCAAGUGAUUCUCCUGCAGCAGCGAGAACGAGAGAGAGAGCAAGAGCGUGAGAGGGAGAGAGAGAGAGAGCGAGACAAGGAUCGAUCCACACAGGCCCUGAUGGAGCUGGAGGUCAAAGUCCAGGCUCUGGUGGAGCAGGGGCUGGUCCGAAUGAAGCGCUCCCCUUCCGGAAACUUGGACGUCCAGGUGGUCCCCAUCAUCCAGCACGUGGUAGAGAAAGCUAAAGAAGAAGCAGAUUCAGGUAAAGACCACGAGUCCUCUCCCCCCUCCUCAGACCCUCAGCCUCCCCUCUCUGAGGAUCCUCUGCAGUCAUCAGUGCCAGCUCCUCCACCUCCUCCUCCUCCUCCUCCUCCUCCUCCUCCUCCUCCAGGCUCAACUGGCACUCCACCUCCUCCUCCUCCUCCUCCUCCUCCACCAGUGGCUCCACCACCUCUGCUGCUUCUUGGAGGUGGUACGACCCAGCCAUCAGGGGAUGGGAGCUCAGGUUGUAAAAAGAAGAAGCCUAUUCAAACCAAAUACCGCAUGCCGCUGUUGAACUGGCAGGCGCUCAAAUCCAACCAGGUGGCAGGAACCAUCUUCAUCGAGCUGGACGAUGAGCACGUCUUAGAGGAGCUCAACAUGGCGUCUUUUGAGGAGCAGUUCAAGACGAAGGCCCAGUCCACCCCUGUCCAGCUCGGGACCCUCAAGAUGAAACUGGCCCACAAGACCCCCAGUAAAGUUUCUCUGAUGGAGCCCAACAGGGCCAAAAACCUGGCUAUCACCCUGCGCAAGGAGGGGAUGGCUGCAUCUGAUAUCUGCUGUGCAAUCGAGACGUACAACCAGAGAGCUCUGAGCCUGGACUUCCUCGAGCUGCUGGAGCGUUUCAUCCCCACAGAGUACGAAAUGAAACUCAUCCACAAUUACGAGUGUGAGGGCAGGCCAUUGGACGAGCUCAGCGAGGAGGACCGCUUUAUGGUCCGCUUCAGCAAGAUCCCGCGGCUUUCCCAGCGUAUCAGCACUCUCACCUUCAUGGGCAAUUUCCCCGAGAGUGUCCAGCUAAUACAGCCGCAACUGAACGCCAUCAUCGCCGCCUCCAUGUCGAUCAAAUCUUCCAGCAAACUGAAGAAAAUCCUCGAGAUCAUCUUAGCGUUUGGAAACUACAUGAACAGCAGCAAGCGGGAGGCAGCGUACGGCUUCCGGCUGCAGAGUUUAGACUUGCUGUUAGACACCAAAUCUACAGACCGGAAGCAGACAUUGCUGCACUUCAUCGUCAGCAUCAUCCGGGAGAAAUACCCGGAGGUGCAGUCCUACUACACGGAGCUGCACUUCCUGGACAAAGCAGCGCUGGUUUCUCUUGACAGCAUCCUGCAGGACGUGCGAGCUCUGGAGCGAGGCAUGGAGGCGACCAGGAGGGAGUUCUCUGUGGAGAAAGACAAUCCUGUGCUGCAGACGUUUCUCAGCAGCAACACUGAGCUGCUGCACUCGCUCAUAGCUGAUGGAAAAACUGCCCAGGAUGUGUAUGACUCCGCCGUGGAGUACUUUGGAGAGAACUCUAAAACCAAUCCACCCUCCAUGUUCUUCCCUGUCUUUGUCAGGUUCAUCAAAGCAUACAAGCAAGCGGAGCAGGAGAACGAGCAGAGAAAGAAACAACACGUGAACUGUGAAGCUCCAUCAACUCCACCUAAAGCUGAAGUCAUGGGGAAUAAGGUUUGUGUGACGUCCAAACUGCCGCAGAUGGAUCUGAUAGCAGAGCUGAAGAAGAGGCAGGUGUCUCCUCUGGUGAGGGAGGGGAAGGACGGAGCUAUCGAGGACAUCAUCACAGCUCUUAAGUCCGUGCCCUUCACGGCUCGCUCUGCUAAGCGCUCCUCUCGUCUCUUCUGCGACUCGGUCUUCAGCGACGAGAUUUAAGGAAUCAGCCGUACAGACGCACAGACGGCGGCCGACGCAGCGCCAGGUGGAAACCGGGACAACAGUUCCACGUGUCCUCAGACAUCUCCCUCUGAGCACCGAGAGCUUCGACUAGAAAAGCACAAAAGAUCCGAUGUUUAACUCACCGUGACAACCAUCCUACUCUCUCAUGCAUGCUGAGGAAUGCAGAGGUGGAAGCGCAUGUCAGAUAAAGAGUUCCUUCUCUCACAGACUGCGAGACAUCUUUCUGAAUAAAGUAAAGAGUACAAAGUUGGACGAUUGUAGAAACGUUCUGUGAUUUGAAUAAUCAAAUGUUGAAGUGGGUUAGCUGCUCGUGAUGCUGAUGACACUGGAUGUCAUUUGAGCUCGUUAGAACAAUUACAUGGUAGAAUUGAGCUGAUCUGUAACGAGAGCGCUUCAUUACCGCUCAGCUUAAAGUGAAUCUUCAAAAGGCGUUUAAAACAAACUUUGAUGGACGGACCUCUCAUAAAUCAUUUUGAUAGUUUUCUUAAAAAUGCUCAAGACAUGAUUUUUUAAUUGGUUUAAUUUGAAAUAGAAUCUUAAUUACUGCUGUCCGUCUUUCUGUCCCGAGGGUCUCAAAGAUUUAGGCUGAAGAUUUGUAAUAUAUUUAAAUUAUUUUUAUUACUGAAGUGUAAGAAUGAUAAACUUCUACUUUGCGUCUGCAUUUCAACAAAUAAAGCAUUUUAUA